AUGUUCGCUCCUAACAGUAUUUCGCCAUCUAUCAACCCGGUGAGACGCAAGUUGCAGGCUCGCAAGCUGCCCAACGUUCCACAUAUCCCAUGCCCUCGACGACCUCACGAUGAGAUGAAUCGCCGCUCCGGAUCCACCUCUGAGACGCGCCAAACCCAAACCCAAACCCGACACCAACCUACACACUCUUCGUCCUUCACGCCCUCGCUCCGCCGCCGCAACACCUCCGUCUCUCUCCGCUCCGAUCCCGAGCAAGCCAACGCCGAAGCUACUGCCGCCAGCGCGGAACAUGUCAUACAUGAGGAGAUCGCGGAGAUCAAGAGAUACGAGGACUUCACAACAAUAGACUGGGUGCAGGAUGCAGCACGAGAGCAGUUGCGUCGACGCGCAAGGAGGAAGGAAAGAGCGGGGGUUUGGGAGCGGGCGGAUGGCCGAGGGCUAUCUUGGAGGGGGAAGGUUAGCGAAGCUUAUGACGCGGGACAGGCUUGGAUAGUGGUGACUCUGGUGGGAGCUGCGAUUGGGUUGAACGCUGCUUUUUUGAAUAUCGUGACUGAGUGGUUGAGUGAUAUUAAGUUGGGGCACUGUACCACGGCGUUUUAUCUGAAUGAGAAUUUUUGCUGUUGGGGUGCUGAGAGUGGCUGUCCUGAAUGGAAACGUUGGAGUGGGUUCUGGCCCAUAAACUACGUUUUCUACAUACUAUUCGCCGCGCUGUUUUCUUUGACGGCUGCUACGCUCGUCAAGUCGUUCGCUCCCUACGCUGCGGGAUCAGGGAUAUCGGAGAUCAAAUGCAUUAUAGCGGGGUUUGUGAUGAAAGGGUUUUUGGGAGCUUGGACGCUGGUGAUUAAGUCGAUCGGGUUGCCUCUGGCGAUUGCUUCGGGGCUUUCGGUGGGAAAAGAAGGACCCAGCGUACAUUAUGCUGUAUGCACUGGGAACGUGAUAUCACGGUUCUUCGACAAAUACCGACGGAAUGCUGCGAAGACGCGAGAAAUCCUAAGCGCGAGUGCUGCGGCAGGCGUUGGGGUUGCGUUCGGCAGUCCCAUAGGUGGGGUGCUGUUCUCUUUGGAAGAGAUGUCGAACUACUUCCCACUGAAGACGAUGUGGAGGAGCUACUUCUGCGCCCUGGUAGCCACGGCUGUCUUAGCCGCAAUGAACCCUUUCCGGACUGGCCAGUUGGUCAUGUUCCAAGUCAAAUACGAUCGAUCCUGGCAUUUCUUCGAGAUCCUCUUCUACUUGAUCAUCGGAGCAUUUGGCGGUCUCUACGGAGCCUUCGUGAUCAAGUGGAAUCUGCGGGUGCAGGCGUUUAGGAAGAAAUACCUGGCAAAGUAUCCGAUUUUGGAAUCGGUUACUUUGGCUGUUAUUACGGCUAUGAUUUGCUACCCGAACAUGUUUCUCAGGAUCGAUAUGACUGAGAGUAUGGAGAUCCUGUUUCUGGAAUGUGAGGGUGGUCAUGACUAUGAUGAGCUCUGCGACCACCAAAAUCGUUGGCACAUGAUCAUCUCACUCGCGAUUGCAACUGUUGUUCGAACUUUGCUCGUCAUUAUUUCUUUUGGUUGCAAAGUCCCGGCGGGUAUUUUCGUACCCUCGAUGGCUAUUGGGGCCUCCUUUGGUCGAAUGGUGGGCAUAUUCGUUCAACAUUUACAUGAGUCCUUCCCAAGCUCCGCAUUCUUCGCCGCUUGUGAGCCAGAUGGACCAUGUAUUACACCCGGGACGUAUGCAUUUCUAGGUGCUGCAGCUGCGCUUAGCGGGAUCAUGCAUAUCACAGUGUCUGUUGUGGUCAUUAUGUUCGAGCUCACUGGAGCUUUGACAUAUAUUCUUCCGACUAUGAUCGUGGUCGGCGUCACAAAAGCCGUCGGGGAGCGCUUCGGCCACGGCGGCAUCGCCGACCGCACCAUCUGGUUCAACGGCUUCCCCUUCCUCGACAACAAAGAAGAACACACCUUUGGCGUCCCCGUAUCCCAGGUCAUGGCGUCUCACAUAAUUUCCCUUCCAGCCACCGGCCUCGAGCUCCGCGCGCUAGAAUGCAUCGUAAAUGAAAACCAAUACCAAGGCUACCCUAUCGUUGAAGACGCCAACUCUAAGACUCUCAUUGGCUACAUUGGUCGAACUGAGCUUCGCUACGCUAUCGAUCGCGCAAAACGUGACCAGCUCGCCCCCGGACACGCGAAAUGCUACUUCACCGCCUCAGGAACUGGGGUUGAUAGUCGUACAUUGUCGUCUUCAAUCCCCGCAGUCACGUUCGACACGAUGUCCGCAACAUCCUCCAGCCUCCGCAUCGACCUCUCCAAAUUCAUUGAUCCAACCCCACUCACCGUGCACCCCCGCCUCCCGCUCGAAACAGUCAUGGAGCUCUUUAAAAAAAUGGGACCGAGAGUCAUUCUCAUCGAGUACCGCGGAAGACUAACGGGACUCGUGACGGUUAAAGAUUGCUUAAAAUACCAGUUCAAGGUUGAGGCGCAUGAGAAUCCGCAACAGGGGAGUGGAUUGUUGGAUGAAAGGCAGGAGAUGGUUUGGAGUGUUAUUAGAAAGACGGCGGGGUGGGUGGAUGGGAAGUUGAAUUGGGUGAGGAAGAGACUCAGGAUUGGAGGCGGAGAUAUUAGGUUGUUGAGUCCGGUUAGUCCGGGGAGUGGUGCUGAGGAUGGGGGAAGGGAUGCUGGGCUGGGGAGAGGGAGGGAUAGUGAUGAGGGGGUGGAUGUGGAUGUAGAGGUGGAGUUGGAGGAGAGGGGAAGGAGAGGAGGCAGAUAG